AUGGGACGAACGGUGCGCGCGCUACUCGACAGCGGCGCCCAAGGAAACUAUAUCUCGCCAAAAGUCGUCAACAAGUACAGAAUACCAUGGAAAGAAAAAGACGCCCCCUACCAACUCAGGACUGUGGAUGGAGAAUUCGUCACGUACGGCAACGGAACCGUCGACAUGGAGACUGAUCAUCUACCAGUCACGAUUAGCGACCACGCGGAGAAACUCACGUGCGACAUCACAGACAUAUCGGGAUACGAUAUGAUAUUGGGGAUACCCUGGUUACGAGCGAGUAAUCCCAGAGUUAACUGGAGAACCGGCCAACUUCAGUGGGACACACCAGGAAGGAAUUACGCCUCUACGCAGCCGCGAGAAAGCGCCGCAAGCGAAUUCAGAAAGAUACUUCGGAUCAACGUCAUGAUCAAGGAAUCUAAGGCAAAAGUCAACAUCGCAAUACCCGAAGAAUACCAGGACUACGCCGACCUGUUCAGUGGAGAACUGAAGACAGGACUACCGCAGCACACGCAAUUCGACCACGAAAUACCCCUCAAGGAAGGAGGAAAGACACACUUCAUGCCAACAUAUCGAUUGCGACCAGAACACGAGGAAGCACUCAAAGAAUAUCUCGACGAGAACCUAAGAAAAGGUUACAUCCGCCCAUCAACAUCAGAGGCAGGAUACCCAAUCCUCUUUGUACCAAAGAAAAGCAAAGACGGAAAAACGAAAUGGAGACUUUGCAUCGACUUUCGCAAGCUCAACGAAAACACAAUCAAAAACCGAUACCCGCUACCACUGAUUAGCGACUUACGAGACAAACUGCACGGAGCCCAAUGGUUCACUGCACUCGACCUACCAAACGCCUACGGACUCAUACGCAUCAAGAAAGGCGAAGAAUGGAAAACCGCCUUCAGAACCAAAUACGGACACUAUGAAUACCUGGUCAUGCCCUUUGGAUUGACCAACGCACCAGCAAGCUUUCAGAGUAUGAUCAACCACGUACUACGCGAAUACCUCGACAAAUUCGUAGUCGUCUACCUCGACGACAUACUCAUCUUCUCGAAGACACUCGGAGAACACAAGCAACACGUCCGCAUGAUACUCAGCAAGCUGCAGGAAGCAAACUUGCUAGUCAACGGCGAGAAAAGCGAAUUUCACCAACAAAAGGUCACCUUCGUAGGAUACGUUGUAUCCCCAGGAGAAAUCCGAAUGGAAGAUUCCAAAAUCGCAGCAGUUAAAGCCUGGCCAACCCCAACGAACGUUUCGGAAGUACGAUCCUUCUUGGGACUCGCGAACUACUACCGAAUGUUCAUCCACCAGUUCGGAAAGAUUGGCACGCCACUGACGAACCUGACGAAAAAGGACCUACCAUUCCGAUGGACAGAGGUCGAGCAGACAGCUUUCGACACCCUGAAGAAACGAAUCACCGACGAACCAGUACUCAAGAUGGCAGACCCAGACAAGCCAUUUGAAGUCGAGACCGACGCGUCCGACUACGCAAUCGGAGGACAACUCAGCCAACGAGAUGACAACAACAAGCUACACCCAGUAGCGUUCUUCUCGAAGAAGCUCAAUGGACCCGAGCUUAACUACCAGAUCCAUGACAAGGAACUCAUGGCAGUCAUCGAAGCAUUCCGAGAAUGGAGACACUAUCUUAGCGGAACCACCCACAAGGUCAAAGUUUUCACCGACCACAAAAACCUCACAUCUUUCCUUACAAACAAAGAACUCAACAAACGACAAAUCAGAUGGUCAGAAUUCUUGUCAGAAUUCAACUGCGAAAUCAUAUACAGAAAAGGAAACGAAAACGGCAGAGCCGACGCUCUUAGCCGACGACCAGACCAUUUCCAAGAAGCACCAAAAGAAACACACACCCUGCUACGAACCAACGAACACGGGAACCUUGAACCCACAACACAAGACAUUUUCCUUACACAUCGAGUCACAUCAGCAGACAGCUGGACGGAAAAAUUUGGGGACACCCCAAAAACCUACAACAACCGGAUAUGGAUACCACCACAACACCUCGACGAACUCAUCAAACAAUACCACGAAGCACCCUUCCAUGGACACCAAGGAACCUACAAAACAUGGAACCGAAUCCGAACUAGAUUCGACUGCGAAAACCUCAAAAAGCACGUCGCCAACUACAUCAAGACAUGCGACCUAUGCAACAAAGCAAAAGCUUCACGACACAAACCGUACGGAGAAAUACAACCAAUACCACCACCCGACAGAGCAUGGAAAUCCAUCGCAUGGGAUUGGAUCGUCAAGCUACCGCUAUCCAAGGAACCCUUAACUGGGGCUAUGUACGACAGCAUCCUUGUAACCACAGAACGACUCACAAAGUACGCCUACUUCCUACCGUACAAAGAAAGCAGCAACACAGACGACCUAGCCUACACGUUUCUACGAACCAUCGUCAGCCAGCACGGACUACCCGACGAAAUCAUCUCCGACAGAGACAAGCUCUUUACGUCGAAAUUCUGGAAAUCACUUAUGGCACGGCUUGGAACCAACCAUAAGCUCUCAACAGCAUACCACCCGCAAACGGACGGACAAACCGAGCGAAUGAACCAGACACUGGAACAAUACCUACGCUGUUACAUCAACUACGAACAAGACAAUUGGGUCGAACUGUUACCAAUCGCCCAAUUUGCCUACAACAGCUCCGAAACAGAGUCAAUCGGAACAACACCGUUUUACGCGAACUACGGAUUCAACCCAGACAUGACGAAGGAACCACUCCCAGGAAUAUUGGCGGAAAAGGCUAUCACGCACGCCGACAAACUGCAAGACUUGCAAAGAAACUUACAGCAAGAACUACUUUUCCUUCAACAACGGAUGAAGGAAUGGAAUAACAAGAAAAGAGUUAGAGGACCAACUCUUAAGGAGGGAGACCCUGUCUACCUACUCCGCAAAAACAUCAAAACAAAACGACCAAACGACAAACUCGAUUUCAAAAAAAUUGGACCAUUCAAAAUCGACAGAGUUGUUUCACCUGUCAACUACCGACUAUCACUACCUCGGAAAAUGAGGAUACACCCAACAUUUCAUAUCUCAUUACUGGAACCAGCACCACCCAAUGCAAAAAUCGAAACACGGCUCGAGACCGAACCAGACCAAGAAUACGAAGUCGAAGAAAUCCUGGACCUGCAGAAAAUCAAUGGUCAAUGGAAAUACCUUGUCAAGUGGAAGGACUACCCACCGUCGGAGAACACUUGGGAACCUAAGAAGAACCUGAAGGGUUGCCCUGAACUCCUCGCGGAUUUCCACCGGCAACGGGCACCAGCGGCCCAACAUCCACAAAAUCAUCACCCAAACCCAGGGAAGCCCAAUCCACGUCGUUAG